AUAAGAUACACAUUUAGAAGUAGAAAGAGUUUAUUCUUUGAGUCAAUAAGUGAAAGUGGUAAAAAUGGUUGAUAUAUCUAUUGAAAAUAGAAAUUGUAAAUUGACUUCUGAGCAAAUCUAUGAAGAGGCAUUUCAAAAAACUGGUCAUGGCCGUUACAACUACCUGGUCCUUCUGGCGUGUUCAGUUAUCAUCAACGCUGUUGCUCUAGACAUGUUUGGGUUCAGCGUGGUGAUAGCCGCAUCCAGCUGCGACCUUCAGCUCAGCAUAGCCCAAACUGGGAUCCUCGCAGCAGCACCUUUCAUUGGAAUAUUAUUCGCGUAUCCCUGGGGAUACUUCGCUGACACCAGGGGAAGACGAAGAGCUCUGCUGCUAUCCACAUCGGUAGGAUUUGUUUUUGGAGUCCUGUGCAGCCUUUCAAUUGACUGGAGAAUGAUGCUAGCACUAAAAAUCAUUGGUUGCGCUUUUUCGACUGCGUCGUUUACGUUAUCGAUGACCUAUCUCGGAGAGAAUACAGCAUCCAGGUACAGGGAUAGAUAUCUGUUUAUCAUAAACGGAAUGAACUUGAGUUCGGAGAUUGUAUCCUUUGGUUUAGCGUACUUAAUUCUACCAAUAUCACUGGGAGUUACCAUACCUUGGUUAUCAAUAACAUUCACUUCUUGGCGACUGUUUUCUUUAACGCUCACCCUACCACUCGGAGUCAGUGCUAUUUUGUUGACAUUUCUUUAUGAAAGUCCCAAGUUUCUGGCCAGUAAAGGUGAAGAAGAGAAGGCACUACGGGUUAUGGAAAACAUUUACAUUAUGAAUGGGGGAACGAAAGGUCAAUUUCCGAUCAAAUCUCUUGAAGUUAUGAAGAAUAGCGAGACGAACGUCAAGAUUUCAUUCUGGGGAUCAAUUGGUCGACAGACCCUCCCAUUGUUCACUCCUCCGCGACUGUGGAGGACCAUUCAGUUGUUCUUCUUGAUAUCUUUGGUGUGUGCGAUCAAUAACGUAUUCGUCAUGUGGUUUCCGACGAUGCUAGAUAUAUAUUUUAAGUCUGUUUCAUCGAAUGAAGAGACAGGAUUCUGUGAUAACAUUAAAAGUGCUGCAAGGAACCAUGAGGCUGGAAAUUCAACAUUGUCAUGCCAACAACCCAUAACAGAUAACACGCUUUACUCUGGAAUCUUGACUGGACUUUUCUUCACAAUUCUGAACCUCUUUGCUGCUGCUAUUGCAUCUUGGAGACGUUCAACCUUGAUCGCAGCAUUCUCCGUAGCUUUUAUUAGUUGUAUUAUGGUGUGCGUGCUAAAGACACCGUUAGCCAGUGUUAUAUUUUUCGCGCUGAUACAGACCACUGCAAUUGGUAUUGGCAGCAUCGCUUCCUACUUUGUAGAUUUAUAUCCAACAUCUUAUAGAGGAUUGGCAACGAGUCUCGGCUUCAUGGUGGCGCGGAUGACAACAUUUACUGGUGUCGUUGUGGUUGGUUCCACCAUCGUCCAACACUGUCAGUUCGUUUUCUAUCUGAGUGCGGCACUUUCUUUGUCUGGCAUCUGUGUAACGAUGUUCUUGCCAUGAGAUUCUACUACGAGAUGAUCAUCAAACUACCAAAAUACCUCCACACAGUAGUAAAGUGAAGUUAAUAAGAUUCGUUCUGCGUUUCAUAAGUUAAGAUACAAUUCAAAAGACCCAAUCAUAAUUUUCUUGAGGAAACUAGGAAACAUACAUUAUAGUGUCAUAGAACAAUAUUUCCUAUUGAAAAUGAAAACACCUUUGUAUCAGGAAGAUUUCCAAAAACGUCUUUGACAAUUUAUCGUUUUCUCGCAUCCGAAACCACUAAGCUAAUUUUUAUUGUUUGGGUGAAUCUUUUUAAAGUCUUCUUAUUCUAAUAUUUUGGCUGUGUGAUUAUAAUUAUAUUUUUUCCAA